GGACACUUCUUAUCAGCUACAUCAAAUAGUCUUCAUAAAUUUAAGAUACAAAUCUUGAAUACAAAACUAUUUCAACGAUAUUCCAGUUUCACAUCAUUUAGGCGUCGAUAUAUGAUUAAAAGAGAAGUUUGUGCUAAAUAUUGAGCGACAUAGUUUUGAGUAAAGUUUUGACUUUUUUGAAGAAAAAGGGAUGUUAAAACUUUUGCUGCUGUUUACUAUUAUUGGGUUUUCCUCUGGAAGAAGAGGACCGUUAUGGACGAUCGAUAGCUCAUCAGGAUUCGAUGACCUCCUGCUGAAAAACAUAUCGAGUUUGACCUUCAAGCACUUGAUCAAAGCUGUCAAUCACUCGAUGGUGCAACUUCAACAGUUUGCGAAUGAAAAGAAGACGCUUCAGGAUACCAUGGAGGAAUUGAAGAAACUGAUCGCGGAAGAAGCUGAAAUCAAGAACGAGAACAAAGAACGCUGUAAGAAGCCGAAUCAAUCAAAAUCCUGCUUUUCUUGCUACAAGAAGGUGUGCUACGACCACUUGGAGGAAAACUGCGACUUGUUUGAUCUUCUGAUGCCGGAAUCAAUGAUGAGUAACAAUAAGCCUGACUCAAAAAAGGAGAAGGGCUUAAACAUGAAGGGGGAUAAAGAGGUGGACGAGAUUGAUGAGCAGCAGCAGGAGAAGUUGGCUGAGCUGGAGAAGAUGAUGGAAGAGGACUCUGCCAUGAGCAACUUCGACAACCUCAUGGAAGAACUAGGAAGCGACAUGGACUGGUUCAGCGAGAACGAGAUGAUUGAGGAUGUGGGCAAUAAAACCAUGACCACAAUGGACAUCUUCGGAGACGACAUGGCCGAACUGUACUUCAACUCGGCCGAUUUCUUCUCGGAUGGAUCCACCAACACCAUGGAGACUUUCGGAGAUGGGGUGGACGAAAUGGAGUUAUUGAUGAAGGAUAUGGACAAACGGAUAGAUGAGUUAAAACAGUUCCAGUUUGACAAAGAGUGGAAGGAACAGUGGGAUGCACACUAUGAACGCAGUCAGAAGGCACUCCUGGAUGUCAAGAGUGGUCUGGACCUGUUGAGGAAUGCGGCUGAGUACGGGGCAGACACUGCACAACAGAAGCUUCUGGACAACAACCAAGAUGUCCUUGGGACCAUGGUGGAGAAAACGAGCGAAAACACGGUAAAAACGGUGAACAAAGUACUAAAAAAGUUCAGCAUUUGGAAACGAGAUACGGAAGAAGCGUCCAAACGAGACAACAAUUCACCUUUUUGUCAACAAUUUGUGGCAGAAGGCGAGUAUAGUUUCUGUAAGAAGUACGAAACCGAUAAGAAGUGCAAACGAGUGUGUGCGCCGGAUGAAGAGGAUCGAUUCUGCAAAGACAUUGCGGAAAGGGAAGCCAUGCAGAGCCAUACGAUCGAGAUGUUGACCAAGUCUUUAGAGGAACAACAUAAGAGGGCAAAUAACAUCAUAAAAGAGCACAGUUGGCCUCUGAUCAUGAAGACAAUGAACUUCAACAACAAGGAACGAGAUUACAAAAAGAUCCCAAUUGAGUCUAUCGAGAUAGACCCCCAAAACUACGACCAGGAGAAACCAUGGCUGUUCAAGGACGUAAUCAUUCGAUUCUCGCUGAAACACAAUGGAGGAGAUCCGAAGUAUCAUAUUCAGGAAAAGAAGACGAAGCUAACGGAUCCAGUGAAUUUGAUGAACACUUUUAAUAUUAACGCUACUAAGCCUUUCGCCAAAGCAGUCAUUGGUGAAAUGAACACUAAGUACCUGGAAGAACACCCCUUGAAAUGAGUCAUGGUGGGAAAUGUGUAACUGAAACAAUAAAAAAGUCGCUAGUGACUUUAUUUAAUUUUUUUGUACCCUAAGUUAUUACCUGGUUUCAAUGAGUGCAC